AGAGACGGGGAACAGGAUUGGGAAGCAGCAGGGGGAAGCGGCGGCGGUGCCGAGCCCGUGGAGAAGAUGGCAGGCAGCCCGGAGAAGAGCUGCUCCUCAGCUCAGGAGCUCAAAGAGCAUGGCAACCGCCUGUUCCUCUGCCGGAAGUACCAGGAGGCCGUCACCUGCUACAGCAAAGCCAUAGUAAAACCGAACCCGUCUGUAGCGGUGUACUACACUAACCGAGCGCUGUGCUACGUGAAGCUGCAGCAGUAUGAUAAGGCUCUGGCUGACUGUAAACACGCCCUGGAGCUCGACAGCCAGUCGGUCAAAGCUCAUUUCUUCCUGGGGCAGUGUCACCUGGAGCUGGAGAACUACGAAGAGGCCAUCGGGAAUCUCCAACGAGCGUACAAUCUGGCUAAAGAGCAGCGUCUGAACUUUGGAGAUGAUAUCCCCAGUGCCUUGCGCUACGCCAAGAAGAAGCGCUGGAACAGCAUGGAGGAGAAGCGCAUCAGCCAGGAGAACGAGCUGCACGCCUAUCUCACCAAACUCAUCCUGGCUGAGAGGGAACGGAACCUGGAAGACUACCGAGAGAAGCAGGGUGACGACAAUCUGAGCGACAGCGACAUCAGCAAAAUCAAAACCAAACAUGAUAAAUAUCUGACAGACAUGGACGAGCUUUUUUCCCAAGUGGAUGAAAAAAGGAAGAAGCGAGAGAUUCCUGACUAUCUGUGUGGAAAGAUCAGCUUUGAGUUGAUGAGAGAACCGUGCAUUACACCGAGCGGCAUCACGUACGACCGCAAGGACAUCGAGGAGCACCUACAGCGUGUAGGCCACUUUGACCCUGUAACUCGGAGUCCCCUGACCCAGGAUCAGCUGAUCCCCAAUCUGGCCAUGAAGGAGGUGAUCGAUGCCUUUAUCCAGGAGAACGGCUGGGUGGAGGACUACUGAACACACACACACACACACACACACACACACACACACACACACACACACACACACACACAGAGGGGAGGGGUGUGUCAGAGCUGCUUCUGGAUGUAUGUGAGCACUUUAAACAAGAGAACUUCACUCUGACACGCCCCCUAUUGCUGGACUCCAUCUCCCCAUAUAUCUGUUUCUCUAUCCAUCUUAUUCUGUCCAUUUUAUCUUCAUAAGUGUAUUUUCUUUUUCUCUCUCUCACACACACACACACACACACACACACACACACACACACACGAACUGUGCCUCCUGUUGCUCAGUACCAUGAGAAGAGCAGUUAGUCUUUCUGGAGAUAAAAUACACUAUAAUAUACAGUGCGCAUGCACGUGUGUGUGUGUGUGUGUGUGUGUGUGUGUGUGUGUGUGCGCGCACGUCUGUAAUGUCUGGGGGAGUUAUGGAGCUUUGUAAUGCUUAAUAAGUGCAUAUGAAACAAUUAGGAUGUUUAUUAUGAGUUCUAGAUUGUAGUUAGCUGCAUCUGGCUGUGUGUGUGUGUGCGCGUGUGUGUGUGUGUGCGCGUGCGCGCACGGCUCCCUAAUGAUUUUUACACAAUACACACAAGUGUUUCCAUCCGUUGAAGUUCAGUCCAUCCUACAAUCAGAGAAAAGGGGUGGAGCCUAAGAAUCAGAACGAAACGCAAUCAGGGCUAACGGCAUGCGGGUUGCGUGUGUGUGUGUGUGUGUGUGUGUGUGUGUGUGUGUGUGUGUGUGUGUGUGUGACACACACACACACACACACCUGUGCUGUUAGCUUUGCAUGGAUAAUGGUUCAAUGUUUCAGUUUAUUGCAAGUAUUCGGACAGGAAGUGGAAUUCUCCGGGUGCAGGUCAAAAUAAAUCGUAUUUUUUCUAAAAAUCUA